AUGUUUCGCAACCCCGCAUGCGAUAAUCCGGGGUCUCUUAGCAAAGCAUCAAAGCCAGCGGGCGGUUUGCAUAUCGCCGCUCUCUCAGUGUCUCUCCUUGAUCCUGUCGAUAUCGGUCGCGCCGAUGCUGCAAAUGCGGCGCAAAGGAUCACCUCGCUGCGGACUGCCAGACCUAACUUAUACGUCACCCGGGAGAAUAUGCAGCGGCUGGAGGCGCAAAUGGCAGCUAGCUUUGGUCGACUGGAGGAGAUGCUAUCGGACCUCAUGGAGGUCAUUCUCUCCCUCGCUCCUCGUCCCCUGUUCCCUGCCUUCCCUGAGAGCCAGGAUAAAGAUGUUGAGCUUUAA